AUGGUGACGGAGAUGGCGACGCGGGGGGGAGGGGAGGCGGUGUGCGGGGGCGGGGAGGAGGGGGAGCGCGGGGACUUCGAGCUCUUCCGCAGCGGCUCGGCGCCGCCCACGGUGGAGGGCGCCAUGGCCAUGGCGGCGGGCGGCGGCGGGGAGGUGCUGCUGGACGACGAGCUGCGGGCCGACCCGGCCUACCAGAGCUACUACUACUCCAAUGCGCACCUCAACCCGCGCCUCCCGCCGCCGCUGCUCUCCAAGGAGGACUGGCGGUCCGCGCAGCACCGCCUCCGCUCCUCCUCAUCCUCCUCCGCCGCCGCCGCCGGGCUCGGCGGGAUCGGCGACGGCCGGAGGGCGCCCGGGGACGGGCUCGUCGGCCUCCCCGGGAUCGACCACCCCCGCCAGCGCGGCUUCCCCGGCAUCUUCCAGGAGGACUCUCAACGUGAUAUGGAUAGACAGAGUCUCAAUCACAACCGCAAUGACUUCCUGGAUUCUUCUGGAAUGCAGUAUGCUCUGCAUCGCGAGACUGGAGCUAUGAGUGGCCUGCAGCGUGAGAGCAACGAACAGACCAUGGCUGAUAUUCGGAACAAUGAGUUGUCAUCACAUGCAUAUGCAUCUAUUUUGGGACCCUCACUCUCUAGAAGUGCAUCCCCAGAUCCGGAGCUGGUGAGGAGGGUACCGAGUCCGUGCCUGCCUCCAAUUGGUGUGAAAGUCGGCGCUUAUGAUAAAAAGAGUAAUGGUGGCUCCUCUUCUUUCCGCCGCAGUUCAUCUGCCGUUGGUGAACCUGAUGAUCUGGUGGCUGCUCUAUCUGGAAUGAACCUGUCAUCAUCGAGAGCUGGUAAUGGGCAAGCUAUGGACCAGUCUAAGCUCUACCAGGAUGUUGAUAAUGCCAAUAGGUUCCUUUUUGAUCAAACAAGUGGCAAUCAGCAGCACUCCUUCAUGAAACGUCCCGAUCAAGGGCAUUUUAGGGCACCUGAGGGGUAUUCGGCUAAUUCUUCUAUGAUGAGAAAUCAGAUUAAUGCUGGUAACUUCACAUCAUCUGACAAUUCCUCAGUUGGAUCUGGCUAUGCUUCGCCAAGGAUUGGCGCAAGGUCCCCAGGAGGCACUUUAUCUUCUAGGCAAAAUUUAGGUGGUGCAUCCAACUACCUAGGCUACAAUGGAGUAGGAAGUCCGACUGGAGCAGCUUCUCUUCAGAUGCCUAUUGAUCCAUUAUAUGUUCAGUACCUUGCUGCCCAAGUUGCAGCAAGUUAUGAUGAUCCUUUCAUGGCCGGUGGACAUCUAGGAAAUUCUUACAUGGAUUUACUUGGUCCUCAGAAGGGUUGCCUUAGCCCACUGCUUCAGUCACAGAAGAACUAUGGCUGCUAUGGAAAUCUUGGAUUCGGCCUUGGUUAUGGCGGUAGCCCUUUGACAAGUCCUGUUCUGCCCUCCUCACCUGUUGCAUCUGGUAGCCCACUUAGGCACGGUGAACGCAGCAUGCGCUUUGCAUCAGGCAUGAGAAAUUUUGGUGGUUCUUUUGGUUCGUGGAAUCCAGACCUGGUUGGGAAGAUGGAAGGCAAUCUGAUGCCCUCGCUUCUGGAGGAAUUCAAGAGCAACAAAAGCAGAACUUAUGAGCUCUCUGAAAUAGCUGGGCAUGUUGUUGAGUUCAGUGCGGAUCAAUAUGGGAGCCGAUUCAUACAGCAAAAGCUCGAAACAGCCAGCACUGAAGAGAAAGACAUGGUUUUUUCAGAAAUCAUGCCUCAAGCUCUCACAUUGAUGACUGAUGUAUUUGGAAAUUAUGUUGUUCAAAAGUUUUUUGAGCAUGGAAGCACUACUCAGAUAAAGGAACUGUCUGAUCAGCUUAUUGGGCGUGUCCUUGCUCUCAGUCUUCAGAUGUAUGGAUGCCGGGUUAUACAAAAGGCCAUAGAGGUUGUGGAUUUAGCUCAACAGACUAAAAUGGUUGCUGAACUGGAUGGACACAUCAUGCGCUGUGUACGUGAUCAAAAUGGUAACCAUGUAAUCCAGAAAUGCAUAGAGUGCAUCCCUCAGGACGUUAUCCAGUUCAUUGUCUCAACAUUCUAUGGUCAAGUUGUGCUGCUAUCCACUCAUCCCUAUGGUUGUCGGGUUAUACAGAGGGUGCUGGAGCACUGUGAUGACCCCACAACGCAGCAGAUAAUGAUGGAUGAGAUUCUUCAAUCUGUUUGUUUGCUGGCUCAGGAUCAAUAUGGUAACUAUGUUGUUCAGCAUGUUCUGGAACAUGGCAAGCCACAUGAGAGAACUGCUAUCAUUGACAAGUUAAUUGGGCAGAUUGUGCAAAUGAGCCAGCAAAAGUUUGCUUCAAAUGUCAUUGAGAAGUGCUUAGCUUUUGGUAACCCUGUGGAGCGGCAGAUCUUGAUUGGUGAAAUGCUUGAGUCUACCACUGAAAGUGAACCUCUUGAGGUGAUGAUGAAAGAUCAGUUUGCAAACUAUGUGGUGCAGAAGGUGUUGGAGACUUGUGAUGACCAGCAGAGAGAGAUGAUCCUUACAAGGAUCAAAGCUCACCUGAACACACUGAAGAAGUACACCUAUGGGAAGCACAUAGUCGCGCGUGUAGAGAAGCUAGUUGCUGCUGGAGAGAAGCGCCAGGGGCUUCAACCAGCAUGCACCGCCGCCUGA